AAUAAAAAAUGUCUUUGAUCCCAAGCAUGGAGGAUUCUCCGGCGGCGUUGAUGGGAAGCCUAGGGCAGUUGGAGUGGAAGGAGACGGCGGAGGCGCACGUGCUAAAGGCGGAGGUGGGGGGGCUGAGGAGGGAGGAGGUGAAGGUGGAGGUGGAGGACGGAAGAGUUCUUCAGGUGAGUGGGGAGAGGAACAUCCAAAUUCAAGACCACAACGAUGCCUCUCACACCCUUCACCGCACCACUUCCAAGUUCAAGAGAUCUUUCACGCUUCCCGCCAAUGCCAAACUUGAUCACCUCAAAGCUUCCAUUGAAAAUGGCCUUCUCACUGUCACUGUUCCCAAGAUCACUCAUUCCAUGCCCAUUCAUAAUUCCUAAUCACAACAUCCUUCAUGCUCUUUUUCA